UAUAUAUGAUCCAAGUCAGCGGGUUGCCACUUAUUGUCCCCUCCACUUUCUUAUUUGACCAUCAGUUUUGUAGCAAUACCACAAUAAAAAAAAAUAAUUUCAAAUUAAAAUUGAUCGAUCCGGGUGGCUCAACUGCUGAUAAUAAUAAUAAGCAAAAACACUAGUGAUUUUAACAUAACCUAAAAUAUAAUCUAAAAAACCAAGAUCACAAACGUAUUAGGCAAGUUAGUAGCAAAAAUUUUGAUUAUUGUUGAUUGUGAAAAAAGUUAUAUUAUCAAACAAACUAGAUUCUGGAAUGUUAGAAUGAACGGAAGUGUAGAAAAAAGAAAAGUAUCUACACACAAAACGCACAAAAAGUGCUGGGCAAGAGAUUGUGGUCAUCGGACGGAUUCACAUGAUUGUGUUUUUUCAACAUUUCCUAGAAACCCAGAGAGGUGUAAGGAAUGGUCGAAAGCUGUGGGAGUAAAAGAUUUUGUGGGUUUACCAAUCAUUAAACUUUCUACCCUGAGAUUCAUCUGCAGUUGUCAUUUCAAAACAGAUGAUUACAGAUUAAUUAAAAAUGGCAAACGUUUACUUGAACAUGCUAUUCCAUCUGUAUUUACCGAAAAUACGAUUCCUUUGAAUGAACUAGAUUUGACAAAAUUUGCACCAACUGUGUCGACCGUAAUUUCAACAUGUCGAGUUCAAGUACCAAUUGAAACCAUAAAACAGUCGAACCAAUAUUCUUUCCAUAAUAUGUUUAAUGGAUUAAAAACUGUACUGCCUAUUGGAUCGGUAAAUGAUGUCUCGUUAAAGCAAGAAAAGCAACUUUCAUUAAAGGAAUCUAUCACUGGGGAUAACUCAACCGCUAGUAUGAAAACACUGUCAAAUGAGUUAUGUUUAAUCUCAGAAAGCAGAGGUUUGUCAUUGCCUUCUUUCAACAGUGAUAAUUGUGUUCAAGGCAAAUCUCGGAAAAUAUCUUAUUCAACAACGGAUGUUGAAAAUAUUCAAAGUCCACCAUCAGCUGAGAAAAAACGAUUUAUCCGCUGUUCAGGUGCUGUGGAUCGUACAACUCAUAAAUUGAUUAUGGAUCAAGUUGGUCUGAAGGGGGAAAAUGUAAGUCCCAAGAAGAAAAUAUUAUUAACGGCUAUCCAAAAAGAGAGGCGGACUGUUGAACAGCUGAAAACUAAAAUUUUUCAUCUAGAGGAACUUAUCAAUCGCAUACAGUGUUCUACCAGCAGUGGCGUUUCGUCAACAAUGAACAACAUAGAACCUCCAGCUUUACAACAAAUAAUUCAAAUGGAACAUAAUAAUGGAAAAAAAAACCACAAGGCCAUCGAUAUUCCAUAGAACAAAAAAUACUGUCACUGUCAAUGGCGAAGCACGGAAGUUAUGGUUACCAGCAUUUACGAGAUUUCGUGCCAUCGUUGCCUUCAAAACGAACAAUAAAUCGAUUAUUAACAAAAAUGUCGAUCACACCAGGGACCAAUGAACAUGUUAUUGAGGCUAUCAAACUUCAAAAACUUAAUCCGGAAGAUAAGCAUGUUCUACUAGUUAUGGAUGAAACUAAACUGAAA